CAUUAUCGCAUGCCAGACUGUCAACCACUACUUACUACUUCCUAGAUACUACCUGAAUUUAUUCACUGCCAGAAGGUACGAUGCUCCACCUCUGCUUGCCAAACGAAGGUCCCACACUCCAAGAAGAAACGAUGAUAAAAGAAAGGCUACCCGCUUGUAGCCAGCAGCGUUUCCGUGCUUGCGCAUUAGCAAUUACUUACAUUCAGGCAGUCGCACUGCACAUAAUUCUCUAUGAAAGGCAUACUUAUUUUCGUACUUAUCCAGCGACAGGGGUACCGGACAACCAUUGCUAACACCCGAAAUUGAGCCUUCAAAUACGUGCGGCCUAGUCAUGACUUUGGUAGUUUAACACUGCUACUAUAACUUGACGUAGUACCUACUAGUGAC